AUGUCAAAACUGUGUGGUUUGAACGUAGUUCAGCUACGAAAAGAACUACAGAAACGAAGCCUUGUCACAAGUGGCAACAAAAAAGUACUAGUAGCACGUCUGAAAGAAGCUCUCAUUGACGAAGGUAAGAACCUAGACGAAUUCAAGUUUGAUGGUGCUGACGAAGACAAUGAAAUUAGCACAGACACGUUUACAACCGCUAAAAUGAUGGAACUUCUGCUUAGUAUGUCAACUGAAAUAAAACAACAGAUCAAGGAACAGUUCGAACAGAUCAAAGAACAGUUCGAACGACAGACAGAGGAGUUAAAGCAGAUCAAGGACCAGCUAAAACACGUAAAAUUGGAAGUGGCAGAACAGAUUGAAAAACAGUCAACAAGAAUAGAAAUGAUCGAGCAGAAACUUGAUCGUCAGACCGUUGAGGUAGAUCACAAGAUAGACAAAUUGAAGCGAGAAUUGGAGCAAUCCAAAAAAAUGGCCAUGCCGUUAGAUCACGCAUCCGGAAGAACUUUGAAGGUACCAGCAUUUGACGGAGAGAUGUCCUGGAACGUUUAUAAAACCCAGUUCGAAGCAGCGGCAGCUAGUAACUGUUGGAACGGAAAAGAACGAGCAACAGCACUGAUACUGGCCCUGCGAGGUUCAGCAGCAGAGGUUCUUCAGACGAUUCCGGCGGAGAACCACUUCAACUAUGAAGUUCUGGUUAGUGCGUUGGAUUUACGUUAUGGUGAAGAACACAUGAAACAGAUUUAUUGGUCUCAGCUUAGAAACAGAACGCAACGAUCUGGUGAAUCCAUUCAGCAGCUGGCACAAGAUAUCGAACGGUUGACAUUGCUGUCGUAUCCGACAUCAGACCCCGAGCAUAGAGACGAAACUGCCCUGGAUACGUUUAUCAAAGCCCUUCUACAUGAAGAAUGCUCUUGCCAGAAGGUGGUUGUGAAACGCGAACCCCAACAGCAUGGUGUACCCCAAUGCUGGAUUUGUGGUGAAAAAGGCCAUCUACGUCGUGAUUGUAAACACCGCCUAAAAGAUAUCUACUGCCGAAAUUGCGCGACAAGAUGGCGCAAAAGAAGAGAAGAUGAUCCUGUAUCACGAUCGGCCCCUUCGUUAGAAGGGGCGGAAAAACUAAUAAGAGCCAACUUUGUGGGGCAGAGAUUUGAACCCGUCGCGUCGUAA